GCGCUCACCGAGUGCUUUAGAAAAAUAAUUUUUUUCGGUAUUUUAAACACAACAAUAAAGUUUAAAUAAAUCCAUAAUAAUUAAAAAAGUAAUUUUGUAAAAAGUGUUUCUUUAUUAAACAUGGAUGGACCCUCCGGAGCGAAGAAAAAACUGAAAACCUGCGCCCAAGUAGCAACAAAUGUCGUGGAACAGAAACACCAGGUGUCGAGAGCCAAAAGGAGCAAAGCACUCGGCAGCAGGGCAUUCCGUGGUAGUACGGUUUGGUUCACCGGUCUCAGUGGUGCCGGCAAGACGAGCAUCGCUUUUGCUCUUGAAGCUUAUUUGGUCUCUAAAGGUAUUCCGGCGUACGGCUUGGAUGGAGACAACAUCAGAACUGGUCUCAACAAAAACCUAGGCUUCAGCAAGGAAGAUCGUGAGGAAAAUAUUCGAAGAGUGGCAGAAGUGGCCAAGCUGUUUGCUGAUAGUGGAGUAGUCUGCUUGUGCAGUUUCGUAUCGCCCUUCGCUGAGGAUCGUGAAGUAGCUAGACGCACUCAUACAGACUCUGACCUGCCCUUCUUCGAGGUUUUUAUCGAUACUCCUUUGGAAGUGUGUGAGCAGAGAGACACUAAGGGCCUUUACAAGAAGGCUAGAGACGGACAGAUAAAGGGUUUUACAGGCAUCACCCAAGAGUAUGAGCGUCCCGAGGCGCCGGAGCUGGUGGUCCGGACAGUCGGACGUAGCAUUGAGGAGUCCACCAUGGACGUCAUCCGUAUGCUCGAGUUACAGGAUAUCAUUCCCCACUUUGAAAACAAAACGGGGGGAGUGGAGGAGCUGUUCAUAUACGGGAACCGGCUGACGAGUGCCAUAGAAGAAGCCGGUAGACUGCCACAGAUUGAAUUGUCCACUCUCGAUUUGCAGUGGGUGCAGGUAUUAUCGGAAGGUUGGGCCUACCCACUCAAAGGAUUCAUGCGGGAACAUGAAUAUUUACAAGCUCUCCAUUCCAACUGCCUCACUCUUCCCGAUGGAUCAAUUAUCAACCAGUCAGUGCCUGUGGUGUUACCUGUGCAUACUGAGGUUAAAGAACGCGUCGCCGGAGCAUCUGCAUUGGCACUCGUGUAUAAUGGACGCCCAGUCGCUGUAUUACGAUCGCCUGAGUUCUAUCCGCAUAGGAAGGAGGAGCGUUGUUGCCGACAAUUCGGUAUAUACAAUACCGACCAUCCCUAUAUCAAGAUGAUAUCAGAGUCUGGCGACUGGCUGGUGGGCGGGAAAUUGGAAGUUUUCGAGCGCAUUCGCUGGAAUGACAGUCUUGACUCGUACAGAAUGACUCCAAACGAGCUGCGACAGAAGUUCAAGGAGUUAAACGCUGACGCCGUUUUUGCUUUCCAGCUCCGUAACCCGAUACACAACGGGCACGCUCUGCUAAUGCAAGACACGCACCGACAGCUGGUUGAGAGGGGAUUCAAGAAACCCGUGCUGCUUUUACAUCCGCUUGGUGGCUGGACAAAGGACGACGAUGUCCCUCUGGAUGUGAGGAUGAACCAACACAAGGCAGUACUAAACGAGGGGGUCCUCGACCCGAACGCUACUAUCCUCGCUAUAUUCCCCUCACCCAUGAUGUACGCUGGACCAACCGAAGUGCAAUGGCACGCGAAGUGCCGUAUGAGCGCGGGGGCGAACCACUAUAUUGUGGGCCGCGACCCCGCUGGUCUGCCGCACCCUGCUGGCGAUGGCGACCUCUACGACCCGCGCCACGGCGCUAUAGUACUCAAGAUGGCCCCCGGACUCAAUGAACUCGAGAUAAUUCCAUUCCGGGUUGCCGCUUACGAUACAUCGGUGGGCAAGAUGGCGUUCUUCGAUCCGACGCGCAAAGAAGAUUUUGACUUUAUUUCCGGCACUAGGAUGAGAGGUUUAGCUAAAGCGGGCAAAGAGCCUCCAAAAGGCUUCAUGGCUCCAUCAGCAUGGAAGGUUCUCGCAGAGUACUACCAAUCUUUGAAAUCUAAAAUGGACACAAACUGAAGCGAACGUUUAUCACUUUAGGCUAAUUGCAAGGUUCUAAAUAAAAUUUAUAAUUUAUCGAGUAUAGUCUGCACUGAGAAACAGGUUGACUUGUACAAUUUGUCAUUACGUAAAUUUAAAACGACAACCGAAAUGAACGUGAUUAACAAUAUUGCACACUAUUUAAAUGCUGUCAAUUCAAGGGCAUACGUAAGUCUACUCGGGGUGAAGCUCGAUCACGCUUGUAAGCGUCUCAAUGAUACAUUUUAAAGAAUUAGUUUUUUAAAUUAAAUUGAGCGCCGUCGUUUCUACCCCAAAUUUAUUUUGAAUGCCUUCAUUUUUUACGACUAGUGAGGUUUUCGAAAGCUAUAACGCUCUUGACAUAUACAAUAUUAUAGUUGAUUACCUCAACUGCAUGACAGAUUGCGUACAUGUUUGUAAUGUUCUUUAUAUAGAAUGGUUUAUGGCAUUUAACAGGUUUUAAUAAAGCUUAUCUUGGUCACCAAAUACACCAUAUAGUAUUGGCAAAUAUGUUAAGUAUUUAUCUUGAAACUAAAUGUUUCUGGGCUGAAUUUGAAAACAACAGAACGAAAUUACAAUCCGUAACUCGAGUGAACAGGAUCAUAGUAAAUAUGUAUGUAACUGUUAUAUCAAGUACAUUGAGUAAGAAGCCAAUCAAAUGUUGUAUGUUAUUAGGCCUAAAUAAUAUUUUGGCACAACUGAAUAUUAAAAUUUUUAAUGAAUAUUUUUUAUACUGUUAUGUUAUGUUAUUAUUAUUUUAUACUUAUUUUUAUGGGCAAUAUUUUUUGUAAAUAUCGACUUUAGAGAUUUUCGCGAAUGUUGCACAUAUUAAAUAAAACUAUUUUUUCGGACCUAAUCGCGUAUUUUUUCUUAUAACAAACCAACGUUUUGCGCUCUACACGUCCCAUUAUUUUGACUAUUUAGUUAUUUGAAGUAGUUACUGUUUUAGUUAGUAAAGUUAUUUGAACUAAAGUGGGACAAUUUUUCAAAUGUAUCACAAAUGUUUGACACGGAACUAUUGAGGCCCGAUAAAAUACGAAAACAAUUUACAGGAUUAAAAAAUUAUAAUGUAACAUUUUAAUUACAUUCCUUUUCUUAUUUUAUGUGUAAUGUACACAUUCCGUCUUAUUUUUAUAUUGUAAAUAGUACAGAUGUAUACAUAUAAGAUAAAAAUGUAUACCAUUUUUUUCCAUAAUCAC